AUGUCGCUCUUAGGGACACUCAACCCAAAUACCUCUCGAUCCCAGUCCGUGGUCAGUCACAAUACAGUACAGUCUCCGGGUGAGCACGAUUUCAACAUGAUCCACGACCCAGAAAAGGAUGAGGAUGAAGAUACUAUGCACGAGGAGGAAAAUAAGGAGGCGCUGGUUGGUCGGCUAGCACGACAGCUAACCCGGCAAUCUACUCGAUUCUCUGUGAAUGGUGCAUUGGACAAUCCGUUUACCAAUGGAGACUCUGAAUCGACACUCAAUCCCAACAGCCCCAACUUCAAGGCACGGGAUUGGAUGAAGAUGCUGCUGGCCAUCCGGUCUCGCAACCCCGACAAAUACCCAGAUCGGACCGCUGGUGUUUCAUUCCAAAACCUGAGCGUCCAUGGAUUUGGUUCUCCCACCGACUAUCAGAAAGAUGUCCUGAACUCGGUGCUGGAGCUUGGGACGAUGGUCCGCCGACUGGCUGGCCUGAAACUUCAGAAGAUUCAGAUCCUGCGUGACUUCGAUGGUCUCGUAAAGAGCGGAGAAACAUUGGUGGUUUUGGGAAAGCCGGGCAGUGGCUGUUCAACUCUACUCAAAACCAUUGCCGGGUAA